CACUUUCUUAAUCAUGUUCACCACCCUCGUAUUCCACGACGAAACAGAAAGUUUUACCCGUCCUGAUCGACCUCGACAAGUGAAAGACACCCAAAACUCCGUGCCGGUCGAAGAUGAGGCUGUGGACGAUCAUGCGGCGCCGACUGGUGAUGUGGUGGUUGAAGAACCCUCUGCAAUUGAAGGCGUUGCGAGCACGGACGAUGACAGCACUCGCCGCAAGGUGGUACCCAGUGACCAACAGGAUAUCUAUAUCCUCGAGGCGGUCAUGGAUGCUGACCCCUUUGGCAAGAAAAAAGGCCAAAAAGGAGAAGCUUGGGAAGCUGCUGCUCUCGAUGUCAACACACGACAGCAAGCCAAGAUCGCUAGAGAGAGACGCAUAAAGCGUGUCGAUCUCGACUCUGGCUUUGCUGCUGAUAUCCCACUCAUGUUGCAAGAAAAGUGUGCCGAUCUUGUUUCCUUGCUCAACAGCAAUGGAAGGAGAAGAGCAGACGAGAAAAGAGAGAAAGAAAAGAAGCCUCAACUGAAAACCAAGAACGAACAGACGUUGGAGGCUGCUGCUCUGUCGAGUCGUUGCGGCUCGAGAAAACGAGACAAAGGCAAAGAUGCAGCAGGAAGUGACGACGUCGUGAAUGUUGACGGCUGCAAUGAUGAUAUGUCGUUCGACAAGGAUGACUUUAUCGAAGCCGAGAUGAGCCGAAUUGCAGACAAAGAAGAAAGAGAUCUAGAAAAACUCAGGAGCCAGCGUGCACAGUUUGUAAAAGCGGCUAAAGAUGUGGAUGCACGUCUCAAACAUCUUGAAGAUGUUGUGCAGAAACAAGAGCACUUGAUUAAGUACUUGUUAAAUCAAAUUAUUGUUCUAUUCAAUGGUGGUGGUAGUAGUGGUAGUGGUAGUGGUGGUGGUGCGUAA